AUGACCUUUUAUUUGAAGAUACACUCUCGCGCGACCAAGCUUUAUAAUCUGAAACCGUCCGACCUGGAGAGUAUCAGUCCAGUUCGACAGGAGCGAAAUCCUCACGGAGGCUGGGUCACAUACUACAAUACUGGGGAUGUCGAACGUCUUCAGUGCAACCUGCAAGGACGUUCUGCGACGAGGAAGAAGGCUAGCGGACCGAGGAUCACGAGGACGGAUGCCCUUACUCAAGGAAUGGCAUUUGAAGAGCCUCACCCCCAGUAUAGCGGUCGGACGAUGCACCUCUAUGACCGGGAAGAGGUUGAGGCUGUCGCAAAACGAGUGUAUGGGCCUGAUUACAAAUCACCAGCAGCCCAGCCCCAGCGCCGAUAUCCGCCUGCAGGCCAAGGACGAUAUGACGGGCUGUCGAGAGAGGAAGCUGCUGAGCUCUUUUAUCGCGACACGGGCAUCGUCGAUUCUGCUGCCUUUGGUUCUUGCUGCUAA